CAUUCAAAAUAAUUUCUCACUCUCCCUUUUUCCGAAGAUUUUCCCUCUCUCUGCCCCCACUUAUAAAAUCCCUUCCCCUUCUCCAUACUCUUUCUUCUUCACCCCUUUAAAUUAAUUUUAAUUACCAGUUUUUGCCCCUCAACAAUGGCUUCCAUUUCCUCUUCCUCUCACGACUCUGCCUCCUCUUCUUGGACUCCUAACCAAAACAAAGCCUUCGAAAGGGCUUUGGCUGUCUUUGACAAAGACACCCCUGAUCGCUGGCUCAAUGUCGCCAACGCCGUCGGCGGUGGCAAGACCCCUGACGAAGUCAAGCGGCAUUUCGACCGUCUCGUCGAAGAUGUCAAACACAUUGAAUCUGGCCGCGUUCCUUUCCCUAAAUACACCUCCUCCUCCUCCUCCUCCUCCUCCUCCUCCUCCUCCUCCGCCCCUAGAACCUCCAAUAAUGCUAACAUCAAAGACCAAGAACAAAGGAUGAGAAACAUGAAACUCCAUUAAAUUGGUUAAAAUUGAAGGCAAAUGGAUGGGAUUAAGAAGAAUGAAAAAGUGGAUAGGUGGUUGCUGUUUUUGCCCCUAAGAUAACAAAAAAGGAAUUGAUGUAGCCAAAUUUGCAAUUUAUGUGUUUUUUUUUUUCUUCCUCUUGAAAGUGUAUUUGCCCAACUAAAAAGCUAAUCAAUGUAGAAGAAUCAAUUUGAUU